AGUUCCUUGCUCUGCUUGUCGUCGCAAUUGAGGUGAACAAGUUCGAGCACCCCUCGCCCACACAUGCACAGGCACGCCUAGACUCACGUAACGAGAGUGAGCGACAACGGUGGGCAGACACGCCGACGCGAACGUUACCUAACCCCUCCAAUCACGCAUACACCCAAGUAGCCCCCUUGGCAUCGACCCCCCCUCCACCCCGGUGAUACGUCGUCACUGCUUCUGGUGCGGCUACCAUAUCGGGCCCUAGGAGAACACAAAAACGUGCUUCCCUAGUGAGAGAAGAAAGAUGAGCAAGUUUGGGGUCAUGGUGAUGGGGCCUGCGGGCGCAGGCAAGUCGACAUUUUGCGCGUCUCUCAUCACACAUCUCCGCAUGAACAGGAGGUCUUCCUUCUACGUCAACCUCGACCCCGCAGCCGAGUCCUUUGAGCACGCGCCAGAUCUGGACAUCAAGGAUCUGAUAUCACUCGAGGAUGUCAUGGAGGAGAUGGGCCUCGGCCCCAACGGCGGCCUGAUUUACUGCUUCGAAUUUCUGAUGGAGAAUCUCGACUUCCUCACAGAGGCCCUGGACUCUCUGACCGAAGAAUAUCUGAUCAUCAUCGACAUGCCCGGCCAAAUCGAGCUGUACACCCACAUUCCCAUACUACCAAGCCUCGUCAAGUUCCUCACACAGUCGGGCGCCCUCGACAUCCGGCUUUGCGCCGCGUACCUCCUCGAGGCCACCUUCGUCGUCGAUCGUCCCAAGUUUUUCGCCGGCACCCUGAGCGCCAUGAGCGCCAUGAUCAUGCUCGAAGUACCGCACAUCAACGUCUUGUCAAAAAUGGACCUUGUCAAGGGCCAGGUGCGCAAGAGGGAUUUAAAGCGUUUUCUGAACCCGGAUAGGUCGCUGCUGGACGAGGAUCGGGGCCCAGGGCAUCCCGACGCCGACGACGGGGACGACGAGCAAAAGAACCCUCAGGACACCGAUGUCUUGAUGCGCGGCGCUAGCUUCAGGAGGUUGAACAAGGCGGUGGCGAGUCUGAUUGAGACCUUUAGCAUGAUUAGCUACCUGAAACUGGACGCCUCGGACGAAGAGAGCGUUGGGGCUAUCCUCAGCUACAUCGACGACUGCAUCCAGUUCCACGAGGCUCAGGAGCCGAAGGAAAUCAAGGACGAGGAGCACGAAGACCCAGAAGAAGAGUGACGGGGCUGCUGCCGGAAUCGCUCACACUUGUCACCUCGAACCACGCCGUGCCAGGCACAUGGCUCCGGCGUGCCGGCACAUCGCGGCGACCCUGAUGCGCGACCGAGAGUAUCCAAUCAGAUGUAGCUAUAGGGGUAUCCGAGAUCUUUGCUCCUUCUUUUUUCCUCUGUUUCUUGUCGCCCUGGUUCCUAGCUCUGGUCGAUGGUCGAUGGCCAAGACUGCCCUUUGCGGCUUCGGCGCUCUCACUUCCCCGCUCUAUCCUCCACCACACACAUGCUGGCCGACUGUGUAUUUGGCGCGCGACAAAAGAGAGGAUCUCAGGCCUGGUUCUCCCAAGCUGGUACUCAGCGACCCCCUUGACGGCCCAUAUAUCCGGUGUCGCGGGCUGCGGUUUGGGCUUCCCAUUCUCGGUAUUCACGCAGCCAUAUGUCCUUGAUAACAACGGCGUACCCGGCCAGCUUCCCUGCGAGGAUGGCAGAGUCGCGCGCCGAUCGCUCUAUUCCUCGUUGCCAGACAAAGGCGACGACGGCGACGACGGCGGCCCACAUGGCAGCCCGAAUCACUAUCCUGGUCCAAAAGAGCAUGAUUCGGCGGGCCAAGUUGAGGAGCUUGAGGGCUAUGAAGAGCACGACCAGAACGAAGCCCAGAAUGACGACGUCGGGGCUGCUGUAGAGCGCGGCGAUGGCGCGGUUGACGAAGGGUUCGACCAAAGGGUACAUUUCGGUUGCCACGUGGCUCGCUUGCGACACGCAUUUUCGCCUGAGCACUUGGACCGGCGCGUCGGGGUCGAGGGCGUGGCGGGCGAGGAAUUGCCAGUAGUCGGGUGGCAGCAUGGCUGUGUGGGAGGGGAUCGCAGUCAGCCAGGUGGUUAGAGAUGAGAGUUUGGGAGUGAUGGCGGAGGGUCUGCGUAGCGAAUUGUACGCCCGCCCGAAAAGGACGGGCCUAGAAAUGACGUCAAAUUAACGUACACUGCAUAGCCCCGAGCACCCAUUCGUUUCCGGACGCCAUUCUCUGAAGCCAGCGCUGGCGUUUUCGGGAUGUGACCGACUUGUUCGGACCUGUUGGCUUGGAGGGGGUGGAUAGCGAGCUCUCGUGGAGAUGGGCGGGAUGAGAUGGG